GAUAUCCGGGUUCAGGAUGGAAGAAAGGUAGAGUGCACGAAAUAUUGUAUGUGUAUAUAUAUCCGUCGGUGGGCGUGUCUGGGGAAAGGGGGAGGGAGACUUGAGCCACGGAUAGCCCUGCCAGAAGGCCAAAUUGUGUCUAGAACCAGCGUUGGAGCACCCCGUCUUUGCCACAGCAAGCCGUAAGCAUGGCGCCUGCACCGAUAGAUGACCACAUCACCGAGGUGAAACAGCCGCGCAAGGAUUCCCUCGCUAUCCCUGAGCCGGCCCUCCGACGCCUGACCAAGGCGGGCAUCGACCUGUCCCAAGGGUACCCCUACCGGCCCGCGAUCCCGCUCUACAUCCAGGACGUCUACAACAUCCGGGGCAAGCCGUGGAAGCACGACGACGCCGGCGCCCGCGCCGACAAGUCCAAGUCGGCGCUGCUCUCCGCCGCCACCAAGGUCACCGACCUCACCGCGCACAUCGGGACCGAGAUUGAGGGCCUCCAGCUCAAGGACCUCACCAACCAGCAGAAGGACGAGCUGGCGCUGCUCAUCGCCGAGCGCAGCGUGGUCUUCUUCCGGGACCAGGACCUCUCGCCGCAGCAGCAGCUCGAGCUCGGGAAGUACUAUGGGGUCGUCGAGGUGCACCCGCAGGUGCCGCAGGUGCCGGGCGUGCCGGGAGUGACGGUGCUGUGGCCGGACCUGUUCAGGCAGGAUCGGGAGGCGAGCUUCCGGCGGCCGGGCGGGGCGUCGCGGUGGCAUACGGACCUAGUGCACGAGCUGCAGCCGUCGGGGAUCACGCACCUGCACAACGACACCAUCCCGCCCGUCGGCGGCGACACCCUCUGGGCCAGCGGCUACAGCGCCUACGAGAAGCUCUCCCCUAAUUUCCGCAAGAUCAUCGACGGUAAGCUCGCCGUCUACCGCUCGGCCCACGCCUACCUCGACCGCGAUGACCCUACCGCCGGCCCCCGCCACCUCGAGCGCAUCCACCCCCUCGUGCGCGUCCACCCCGCCACCGGCUGGAAGUCCCUCUUCGUCAACCGCGCCAUGACCCACCGCAUCGUCGGCCUCGACAAGGCCGAGAGCGACCUCAUCCUCGGCUACCUAUUCGACGUCUACGAGAAGAACGUCGACAUCCAGGUCCGCUUCCGCUGGACCCCCGGUACCAGCGCCCUCUGGGACAACAGGAUCACCAUCCACAACGCAAGCUGGGACUACGGUGGGAGGGAACCGAGGCACGGGACCCGCGUCACCGGGCUGGCCGAGAAGCCGUUCUUCGACGCCUCCGCUCCGACGCGGCGUGAGGCUCUCGGGCUCCUAGACCCAAGUGAGGAGCCGCUUGAUGACGGGCCUGCUUGAAAAACAGAGCAAAGAACCGCGGAAAUAGGAAUAUGAACGAAUGCGCCGUAUCUAGGUAUUCAUCGAAGGGAUAGUAUCUCUAUGUUCUAUCCCAAA